AUGUCCACUCAAGUCAUUAGCCUGAGGAUGAUCCUUCUCAUGUGGUGCAUGCUGGUCUUCUUCUUUUCCACCAGUGAGGAGAUGGUUGUGGAUAAAACUGGCAGCAUGACAAGGUGGCAUUCCUAUCAGAUGGAAAAGGGACAAAAUGUCAUCCAAAACUUUAAAAGGCACUCAGAAGGGACCUUCACCAGUGACCUGACCGGCCAUCUUGACAAAAUAAAGGCAAAAGAUUUUGUGGAGUGGUUGCAGCACCAGGAGAGAAGAUCAUGGAAAACUCCUCCAAAUUGAGGCACACGCUUGAUUAUUUUAUUAUAAUUCAUUUAUUUAUUUGGCAGCUAUGACAUAUGUUUUGAAAUGUUAUAUUUUUUAUAUAUUUUGACAGUUAUUUGUUUUCAUUACUUUUGUUUUUUUUGAUGGAGUCGUUUUGAAAUAUUGUUUCUCAUACUCUCUGUACCAAAUGAAAUAAUCAGAGUUGCAAUAGUUAUUUGAUUGCACAAAUUGCAGAAAACUGCUCCAAAUGGA